UGUUAUUCAAAAAAGGCGCGAGUUGUACUUGUUUUUUCUUGCGAUUUUGUUUUGUUUUGUGCGUUUUAAACAUGGAUACAACUGCAAGGCGUCGCAGAAAAGUUGUGGUUGAUACUAGUAACGAUAUAUACAAUCACGAUGUCGUUAUGUACAACGAUUAUCCCAAUGGCGAUAUAGCGUUAUGGGAAUUCGAGGAUUUAGCCUUAGAAAGGCUCCAAUUGCUUCGUAUUAUAGAACAAGCUUCACUUAAAGGCCACAAACCUUUUACUGAUGACUGGAAAAAGUGUAUAAAAGAAGACCUUUCCAAAGGCCAAUUAAAGCGUUAUUUAAGAAUGAUGGGGGGUUAUUGCAGCCAAUCAGACCAAGAUUACCAAGCCAGAAGGGCUGAUUUUCUAUCCCACCACAUUUUAAGGUUAGCUUAUUGUAGAUCAGAGGACUUACGUAGGUGGUUUUUAAAUCGUGAAAUAGACUGGUUUAAAAUCCGUUUUAUCUCACAAACUCAACAGGGUGUCAUGAAAUUUUUACAUAACAACAAUUUUACGUACACACCCAUAUCGCAAGACGAAAAAGAUAACAUUCGUAGUGAUAUUAUGAUGUCAACAGUUGGUAUGUCUGAUGUUGCAAUUGAUUCGAGCGACUUCUAUAAAGUACCUUUCACUGAAGUUUGUCCACUUGUUGCUAAAAGGAGAGUGUUUCUUAAGGAUGGUUUUGCUUAUAUUCCAAGUUCUGAACUUGUUGUUUGUAUACAAGCUAAGUUUCGAGCUAGUUUAAACCAGGCUUUAAAUGUUAUUUGUCACAGAAUCCCAAACCUAGACGACGACCGCAUUAACUCCUUACUUUCAAACAUACACAACACUUACACAGGUCAAAAUUACACCGUGCAAACAGAUACGGAAGCUAUAAAUCCAGCAGAAAUCGACAAUUACUCCAAAAAACAUUUUCCAAUGUGUAUGAGGACCAUACACGAUGUUUUAAGAACCGCUCAUCACGUGAAACACUUUUCCCGGCUUCAGUACGGACUAUUUCUUAAAGGAAUUGGUCUCAUAUACGAGAACGCUAUGGAAUUCUGGCGUCAAGAGUUCACCAAAGCUAUGGAUCAAGACAAGUUUGAUAAAAGUUACUUGUACAAUUUUAAACAUCAAUUUGGUAAAGUUGGUAACAUGACAAACUAUUCCCCAUACAGUUGCAUGAAGAUUAUUAUGAAUAAUGUUGGUCCUGGGGAACACCAUGGUUGUCCAUUUAAGCACUGGGAUCCGUCCAUAUUGAAAACCAAAUUAAAUGAUUAUGGUGUAAAUUCUGAAGCCAUUAACACAAUAAACGACCUAGUAUGUCAAGGUCAUUACCAAAUAGCGUGCACUCGUUAUUUUGAGGCUACACACAACCAAGCCCCCCAAAAUACAAUAAGCCACCCAAAUCAGUAUUUUGAGGAGAGCAAAAACAUUGGAAAAGAGAAUAAGGCACCCAAAAAAAAUUAAAUAGUGUUUAUAUUAUAUGCCAAA